UGGGCCGGGGUACGAGAAAACCCGACCCACCUAUUUCCGGGUCAUCUAUUCUUCUCUUCUCCCCCAAGUCACUUCCCAUCGUCAUAAAUACUCACUUCGUCUCAAUUCUCAUUCUAAUUUCCCAAUUAAUCGAUCAACAGUCAUGGAAUGCGUAUUUGGAAUGGUGGGUAAAGGGUUUGCAUUGGUGGUAGCUGACUCAUCGGCAGUGAACAGUAUUCUGGUUCACAAAUCUAACGAAGACAAGAUCAUGGUUCUCGAUUCGCACAAACUAAUGGGCGCCAGUGGUGAAGCUGGUGAUCGAGCUCAAUUCACGGAGUAUGUACAGAAGAAUGUAUCUUUAUAUCAUUACAGAAACGGGAUUCCGUUGACUACCAAGGCUGCUGCAAAUUUCAUGCGCGGUGAGCUUGCCACAGCUUUGAGAAAGAAUCCAUACAUGGUCAACAUCGUGCUAGCGGGCUACGACAAGGAAACAGGACCAUCUCUAUACUUCAUAGACUACAUUGCAACCCUGCACAAAGUUGAUAAGGCUGCGUUUGGGUACGGGUCAUACUUUGCACUGUCCAUGAUGGACCGUCACUACCACCCAGACAUGACCGUUGAUGAAGCGAUCAAGCUUGCUGACCAAUGCAUUGAGGAAAUCCGGUCCAGGCUUGUUGUGGCUCCUCAGAAUUUUAUCAUCAAGAUCGUGGACCAAGAUGGGGCCCGCGAACACUCGUGGCGUAGGACAACAAAGGAUUAAAUAAUGUUUGUUUGUAAUACUUUUAAACUAUGUCUGGUUUGAUCUUUAGUUCUGUUCUUGGUGAAGAUUAGGGACUAAAAGCUGAACAUUGGUUAUGUGAUUGUUGAACUGUUAUUUUGUUAUAUCAUUCUGGAAUGGGAAACUUUGUUGUUGAGGCAAGAUUUUGA